CUCCGUCAUUUCUCUGCCUUACAUUUAUUUUUCUCCUCAAUUUCACUCAGUUAGGGUUUUGAUCCUAACAGGGGCCGUGGGAGCAGUGGAGUAAUCAAACACAUGCACUAUAAGAUUCGGUGCUUUAUUCACAGAGUCAAUCUUAGUCUCCACUAUAAGCAGGUUCCAAAAGCAAUACCAAACUGGGCCUCCUCUUUGCUUCUCACUCUUAGUUUCUUUGUUGCUGGUUUUCAAUGGCCUCCUCUUCAUCUGUUCCUUCAUCAUCAUCAGCUCCUCGCUGGAAGUAUGAUGUGUUUUUGAGUUUCAGGGGUGUUGACUCUCGGAAGGGUAUCACAUUUGAAGUGUACGAUCGACUGCAGGCGAGGGGAAUUAAAACAUUCAUGGAUGAUUCAGAUCUUGAAGUUGGGGAUGCUAUUUCUCCUACUCUCAUUGCAGCAAUUGAAGAAUCAAGGUUUGCAAUCAUUGUUUUCUCGCACAAUUAUGCUUCUUCUAUUUGGUGUUUGGAGGAACUUGCAAAGAUCUGUGAGUGCAUGGAAGAUCAGAACAGAAUUCUUCCACUCUUUUAUCACGUGGAGCCCUCUGAUGUAAGAUAUCAGAAGAGGAGUUUCGAAGAAGCUUUCUCUAAACAUGAAACCUCUGGGCGACACCCAUUGGAGAAGGUGAAGCAAUGGAGAUAUGCUUUAAACAAAGUGGCAGGUUUCUCUGGGUGGAAUACACAGGAUUAUAAUACUCACAGAGAACUUGUCGAAGCCAUUGUGGAAUCUGUCCGCAGUAAAUUACUACCCGAUGCAAUUGAGUCCACAGGAGAUUUCCAAGCAUAUGAAGCAACAAGACAAGCCACUAUUGAAAUUGAGCCUUCAAUGUCGGAGUCAAGUGAAGACUUUGAACUAGUUAAAGUAAGAAGACAACCCACUAAUGAAAUUGAGCCUACAAUGCCACAGCUGACCGAAGAUUUUGAAGCAGUUGAAGCCACCAAUGGAAACUCUGAACCAGCUCCUCAGUGGAAGUAUGAUGUGUUUUUGAGUUUUAGGGGUGAAGACACUCGCAAGGGUUUUCUUUCCCACUUAUAUCAUGAAUUGCAAAACACGAAAGUAAUUAGAACAUUCAAGGAUGAUCAACAACUUGAGAAAGGGAAGAAUAUUUCUCAAAGUCUGCUGACAGCAAUUGAAGAAUCAAGGUUUGCGAUCAUUGUUCUGUCGGAAAACUAUGCUUUUUCUUCAUGGUGUUUAGAUGAACUUACAAAGAUUUUUCAAUGCAUGGAAGACAAGGAUACAAUUCUGCCAAUUUUUUAUUAUGUGGAUCCCUCUGAUGUACGAUAUCAAAAAAAUAAACUCGAAGUGGCCUUUACAAAGCAUUCAAGCAACCUAAGGUAUAGCAUAGAGAAGAUCGAGCAGUGGAGAGCUGAUUUAACAAAAGUGGGACAUCUUUCUGGGUGGGAUUCAAAGAACUAUAAGUCGGAAAGGGAACUCAUUGAAGACAUUGUGAAAUUUGUGCGCGGAAGAGUACCUCAAGCACCAAGGGGAGAUUUUGAAGAAUUUGAAGCAACAAGAGAAGCCAUGGAUGAGGUUAAGAAGAUGCUGAAUGAUGAUAAGAUCACCGCCAUUGGGGUCUAUGGAAGAGGAGGCGUUGGCAAGACAGCCAUGGUGAAACAUGUCAGUGCACAAGCCAAAAGAAUUGGGCUUUUUGAUCAUAUUGUUAUGGCUGUUAUAACCCGUAACCCUGAUUUGCAAAAAAUUCAAGGCGCAUUGGUAAAUCAGCUGGGAUUGGAAUUGGUGGAGGAUGAAGAAAUAGAAAGAGCCAGUAGAUUGAAGGAGAGGAUCAUGGGAGGAAAGAGGAUCCUUAUUAUCUUGGACGACAUUCAGGAGAAAAUAGAUUUGUCAAGCAUUGGAAUUCCUAGCUAUGACGAGCUUCAAAGAUGCAAUUCCAAGGUCCUACUCACCACAAGGAUGAGGAAUAUUUGUCAUUCUAUGGGGUGCCAAGAACACAUUCCUCUCAAUAUCCUAUCAGAGCAAGAUUCUUUGAAGUUAUUCAUGAAGAAGUCGAGAAAGCCUUUUCUUGGAUCUACCGAUUCCUAUGAUGAAGAAAGGAACGUAGUUAGAGAAUGCUCUGGUCUCCCAAGUGUAUUGGAAGAAGCUGCAAGGGCAUUUGGACAUAAGUACGUGGAAGAAUGGAACAAAGCAGUUUCAAAGGCAUUUGGAGAUGAUGACGAUGAAUUGCAAAAAGCAGCUCAAGAACUAAAUGCAUCUCAACUUGUCCCCACUAAAGAUGAGAGAGAUACAUUUAAAAGGAUGGAGUUAAGCUAUCAUACCUUGAGGUUUGAUGAUGCCAAGUCAUUUCUCUUGCUUUGCUGCAUGUUUCCAGAAGAUUAUGAUAUCCCAAUUGAAGACUUGUUUAAGUAUGGGAUUGGAAGAGGUUUGCUUCAGUAUUCAGACACAUUGCAAGAAGCCAGAGACAGAGCACAUUCUUUGGUCGCAUACCUUAAAGCUUCGGGGUUGCUUCUGGAUGGCAAGAAGGAAUGCAUAAGGAUGCAUUUUGACGUCCGAAAUGUGGCCAUGUCUAUUGCGUUGUCUGAAGGUCAUGCUUUUUUCGUAAAAGCUGGUUGUGAAUUGAAGGAUUGGCCAAUGGAUGCUCAUGAAGGCUACUCAGCGAUCUCACUAAUGAGGAACAAACUUUACAAGCUUCCUGAAACUUCGGUAUGUACUGAACUCCAACUUUUACUGCUGCAAAGUAAUACUGGUAUAUGUGACAUUCCAAAAACUUUUUUUCAAAGUCCAAAUGCACUAAGGGUCUUUGAUCUUAGCUAUACCGGUAUUUCAGUACUACCCUCUUCAUUCAAUCUCCUCACCAACCUCCAAGCCUUGCAUUUGGAUUGUUGCAAAAAAAUAACUGACAUAUCCGUACUUGGGAAGCUGAAGAAAGUUGAGAUUCUUAGUUUGAGAGAAUUUCCUCUUAAGGAGUUGCCGGAAGAGAUAGGAAAUUUGACCAGUCUAAGGAUGCUGGACGUCACCGGUGGAUUUGUUCACAAAAUUCCAUCUGAAGUGAUAUCGCGGUUGUAUAGACUGGAAGAAUUGUACAUGAAAUGUGAGUUUGGAGACUGGGGAAGUAAAGUUGAGGAAGCAGUAGGACAAACAAAUGCCGACUUUGAUGAGAUAACUGGCUUGUCCCGUUUAAACAUUUUGAAGGUUUACAUAUCUGAUGCAGCUUGCUUACCCAGAGAUAUUAGCUUUGAGCCGAAUUGGGUAAAAUUUGACAUAUGCAUCAGCAGGGAUCUCUCUUUGGAAAUGGUGCUUUCUUCGAAUGAUCAACCUUCAAGAACCUUGACUCUUGACAGAACAAUCAAUGGCUUAUCGGAUUGGUUUAUUAACGUGGUGACGCAGAAAGCAGAAAAAGUAGAGUACAGAGAGUGUAAGGGAUUAAACAACAUUCUGAAGGAAUAUGAGCAUGGGAGAUUACACGGGCUCAAGUAUCUCUUUGUAAUUGGCGUCCAUGAGAACUUGGAAGAGUUGAUAAAUGCAACAACAUGGGAUCCUAGUAAACCUGUGUUCGAGAGCUUGGAAGAGUUGCAUCUCCUUCACUUGCAACGCCUAAAGGAGUUAUGUGUUGGCGAAUUACCACGUGGGUCUCUAUCCAAUCUCAAGUUAUUGAAAGUGCAAACCUGUCGUAAUUUGGUGAAUGCACUUUUACCACCAAAAUUGUUGCAGAGACUAACAAAUCUAGAAACAAUAUUUUGUGUGAAUAUGAAACACAUGAAAUAUGUGUAUGGAUCUGAAGGGCUUGAGCCUGGAACGAUUCUCUGGACAAAAUUGAGCGAGAUGAGAUUGUGCGCUCUCUUCGAACUAAUAAGCAUCUGGAAUGGUCCGGCUCCACUUGCAGUCUUUGGGAAUGUUAAAGUUUUGGCAGUUUGCAAGUGUACAAAACUGAAAAGUCUAUUCCCAUUUGAUGUAGUUCGAUCUCUUGUGCAAUUGGAAGACCUCUCUUUAGAGUGCUGCUCUAACUUGGGCAGAGUUAUUGAAGCAUGCAACAGCUUGAACAGAUGUAUCUUUUUUCCAAAAUUGAAGAAAUUAGCUUUGAUAAAUCUUCCAGAGCUCACAUGGUUCUGCACCGAAAAUGGUUCUUUUGAUAUUGAGUGCCCUCUAUUGGAAUACUUGUAUGUGGAUAAGUGCCCCCAGUUUAUAAACUCUGCUUCUGCUUCUGUUAAACUCAAUGAUCAACAACAUUUGAAUUCUCUAGCGAAAAGAUGGAAGGAUAUGCAUAACCUAUAAGAGAGCUGAUGCAGGAAAAGGCAAAGAAAGAGAUUCUCAACGGGACGAUCUAUACACUAGUACCUAAAAACUGAACGGUCGAGAUGUGGAUAUGCGACCUAAAAGCGACCCAAAACUCAAAGUUCACUCCGUAAUUUCAAAGCGGACCUCCGCUCUGGAUAAAAUGUAUAUAUAUAUAUAUAUAUAUAUAUAUUGUGUGAAUGUGGAUGCAGAUUGAUGAACUUACAAGGGUUGGCUGAGUCUGCAAAUCCAAUUGACACACUAGAAGCUUGCUGGAUCGUGACUUCCAAAACAGUCAAAGGGAUUGUAACAGCCAUUCUUGGAACCUUUGAGAGUGAAGAGAUCAGUUGACAUGCUCGAUCAUGAUGAUAUUUGAUUCUUGCCACUGGUGUUGCGCAGAGAAGUAGCAAAAAGAGAGUUAAAUGGUCCAGAAGAAGAUUCCGCAAUUGGCUUCUAAAAAUGUUAUAUGAAUGUUAUAAACUUAUCUUUCAAGUUACUAAAUGUUCAUUCGUUUGAUACAUGGACAUAAAACAGUUUGAGCUUUGAACUUUGUCCGUCUGAAGUUGCUUGAUAUAAGUCCUGUUUUCCUUGAGGCUCUGUUUCCUCUGUUUUUGCUUCGCUAGUUGUCCUGCGAGUUCAUAAGAAAUCCUGUACUCUGUUUCUCUUUUAGCUUGCAAGACGAAAUUAUACAGAUGAUAAUAUUUGGUUUGUUGUCCUGUUU